AUGAGUUCCUCUGCUGACAUCGCCAUCCCCACUGCUACUCCAGAAGACCGUCGUGCAAAGGCCUUUUCUGCCUAUCGCAAGCGUCUGCUGGAACAUCGCGAGUUUGAGGCAAAGGUCAAGGAACUUCGACUCGGUCUUCGUGUAUUUGAAAAGUCACUCGACAAAUCAGAAGAUGAUAUCAAGGCCCUGCAAAGUGUUGGCCAGAUUAUUGGAGAAGUUCUAAAACAACUUGAUCAUGAAAAAUUUAUUGUCAAGGCAUCCAGUGGUCCUAGAUAUGUUGUUGGCUGUCGCGAAAAAGUUCAAAAAGAUAAACUGAAACAAGGUGUUCGUGUUGCACUCGACAUGACCACUCUCACUAUCAUGCGUAUUCUUCCUCGUGAAGUCGAUCCGCUUGUCUAUAACAUGUCUGCUGAAGACCCUGGAGACGUCACAUUUGCUGGGGUUGGCGGCCUUGGUGAACAGAUUAGAGAGCUUCGCGAGGUGAUUGAAUUGCCACUGCUCAAUCCUGAACUAUUCCUUCGCGUGGGAAUUAAACCCCCAAAGGGUGUUUUACUCUAUGGUCCUCCGGGUACUGGGAAAACUCUAUUGGCUCGUGCUGUAGCUGCUACACUUGAGUGCAAUUUUCUCAAGGUUGUUUCUAGUGCCAUUGUUGACAAGUAUAUUGGUGAAAGUGCUCGUCUUAUUCGUGAAAUGUUUGGAUACGCCAAGGAGCAUGAACCCUGUAUUAUUUUCAUGGACGAGAUUGAUGCCAUUGGUGGUCGUCGUUUUUCUGAGGGCACUUCUGCAGAUAGAGAAAUUCAACGAACCCUUAUGGAGUUACUGAACCAGAUGGAUGGUUUUGAUUAUCUUGGACAAACCAAACUUAUUAUGGCUACCAACCGUCCAGACACGCUUGAUCCUGCUCUAUUGCGACCCGGCCGUCUUGAUCGUAAAAUUGAAAUUCCGCUUCCCAACGAGCAAGGAAGACUCGAGGUUAUUAAAAUUCAUGCAUCCACUAUUACCAAGCAUGGCGAAAUUGACUAUGAAGCAAUUGUGAAACUAUCCGAAGGUUUCAACUGUGCCGAUUUACGUAACGUUUGCACAGAAGCUGGCAUGUUUGCUAUCCGAGACGAGCGCGACUAUGUUGUUCAGGAUGAUUUAAUGAAGGCGGUGCGCAAGGUGGCCGAGACAAAGAAAUUGGAGACAAAGAUGGACUAUGAAAAGGUCUAGUGGUUUUCUUACGCGUCUGUGUGCAUCAGAUACGGCUGAUUAGGAAUGUACAUGACUAAAGUGCUAUGCAUUUCGGUUUUUGAAACUUGGGUAUAAGUAAUCUUUUUGUAGUGAUUUUCGCAAGAUCUCUAGUGACUCCUACAUAAUAAUAAAAUGACAGUCGGAUUCGCGU